AUGGAUGAUAAGAUCAGCAACAAUACUCAAAACUUCUCCAGCGCAUGGGAACCCAGUCCCCUCUCACAUUGCAUUCCCUGGAUUGUAGUGUUCAUCACUGAAUGUCUGGCCAUAGUCAUCCUAAAUAUCAUCACCAUUAUUGUAUUUGUGAAGCAGCGCGCGCUUCAGGGCCGGAGUACGUACUUGAUCAUCCAUCUUGCCGUCGUCGAUCUCUUGGUCGGUGCAUUCAGUGGACCUUUGCGAAUAGAAAAUAGAAUAGCAUUGUUUUGCAACCUGUGGAAGUACGACUGGGAGACCCAGUGGCUGAAUCACACAAGAGGUGUAUUAUUCAUUUUUCCAGUCGCCUCUCUUUUGAAUCUCGCUGCUAUUUCAUUGGAACGAGCACACGCAACAGUUUGUCCAUUCAGGCAUCGUCAUGCUAAUAGGAGGGUUUAUGUAGUUAUUAUUGCUGGCAUUUGGUUAUUGGCGAUAGGGUUAACACUGACUGAACAAAUCUUUUAUCUCUAUCUCAUCCCUGUGGAUAAAGUUUAUUUCUCAUAUUUCUUCGCUGCUCUUUUUGUCAUUUUUCUUUCUUAUCUCUGUAUAUUUGUGAAAGUGCGUUGCAAUCGUCACCCUCAGCAUCAUAACGCAGCCGGUCAGAGGGAAGGGAGACUAACCUAUACCUUGUUUCUUGUUACUAUGGGAUCUUUGCUCACUUGUCUCCCAGUCAUGAUCUACCAAGGCCUAGUUAGUUUUAACAAUGAUUGUUUUUCAAAAGUAACUGGAAAAGUGAGCUUUCAUGUUGAUAUUAUGAUGCAAACACUCUUCCUUUCCAAUUCUGUGAUAAAUCCCAUAAUUUACGCCCAGCGGAUACCAGAACUAAGAGCAGGCGUAUCACAACUAUUUCAAUUAAAUCGAAACCGUUUAGAGUUCGAUGAUUUUCCGCUUCGCAGACUCCAUUUAGAGGAAAUUAGAAACUAGAGAGACAGCGCUGUAAAUAUUUCAUUUAAUUAUCGUCACGUUUGACACUUAUAUGACAGCACAGGCCUAAACAUCGACAAAAAAUAAAGCAAACCAGAACCAAAAAAAUAAAAUAAUUAAAAAAAAAAAAAAACGCAAAAGUGUAGGUACACUUUGGACAUGAUGUCCUCACGCGAAGCAAAAAUUAUAAUUUUCCCAGUCCACAAGGGUGAUCCCUAUUGUUUUCAAUUAUACGGUUAUUUCUAGAUAUUUAGGCUUCACUCCUUUUAUUGAUGUUUAAGUAAUACUUGAUAUUAGUUGGUAAUUAUUUUUAGAAUUGUUUAUUUCCAUGGCAAGACAGCUUGGAAAUAUAAGUAACAAUUUUGUCAACUCUAUACUCGGAGAUUUGUUAAAUCGGCUAGUUUGAGUUUCAUAACUAGAAAUUUCAGAAUUUAAAUGGGAUGAUUUCCUGGUAUUCAGGCCCAAGACUCGUGGUUCAGGUGUUUGAAAUUAUAAAAAUAAAGAGUCACGCGACUUUAAAGCUAAGGACACAUAAAUCAUUUUAAAAGGUCUUAGAAGCUACAUAUACGUCUACAAUAAUUCUUCCCUGUCUAAAACAAUCAAAUAUAUAUAAAAAGAGUUUGAUUUAUUAGAGUGUACUCUAAUCAAAUCAUUUUAACAAGAUUAAUAAAAUAAAGGCGAUAACUGCAACUGCAGCUGUUAGAAUCUAUAUUAAUUGUCUCAUAAAAUAAGGAUAUGUGAGUGACUUUUUCAAUCAGAGGGUCUGCUACACUCUGGCGUUUUGACGGUUUUAGCCAAUUUUUUCUUUCGGUUUGCGGUCGCAGUCGUACGUAUGAUAACCUAUGUCUCAGCAGUCGGGAGGUCCAUAUAGGGAAAAGCUGUUCCCCGCUUUCUUGGACAUCGGAAAUCACACUGGAUUCAUACUUAAGUCCACUAGGUCGCGUUGCCGAACGUCUUUGAAUCGGAGCCUAGGCCGCCCUCUAGGUCUGGUUCCUUCUUUCGAGUCGCUGACAUGCUUUGGUUUUAGUUGUGAAGAGAGUAGUCCAGAGUUUGUGAUUCGGAACAGUUCUUCAUUUGUUAUCUUAUCCUCCCAUCCAAGGAGAGAUCUGAGACAUCUGGUGUGGAACUCGCCAAGGUAUGAUUCCUUAGGUCUGUAUGUGGUCCAGCAUUCAGCACCAUAUGGCACUAUAUGGCAGCUUUAUACACUCAUACUUUGGUUCUAGUGGUGAGAUGCUUGUUCUUCCACACACGAUCAGUAGACGACUGAAAGUUGUAAAGAAACUUUCCUAAGUAUUAUGGAUAUCUCGUCCUCUAGAGACAUAUUUGGCGACAUAACGAUGGUUUUCUUCAGACUGAUGAGACCAAACACUUUGCAUGACUCAGAGAAACAGGCUAGAAUUUAUUGAAGCUACUCCUCAAAUGAGGCACAAAGAGCAGCAUAGCCAGCAAAGAGAAGCUCGCUGAUGACAACUUCCUGGACUUUUGACCUCGCCUUGAAGAGGGAGAAGCGGAAGAAAUUACCAUCAUCGCGAAAUAGAACUCAAUACUUCACUCAAAGUUUUAUGACCAACUAACUUUUUGGGAGGAUUAAGAUAUCAAAUAAAUGAAAGUUACAGUAAUUGAUUUAAUUGUAGACAAAUGCCUCACUUUUUAACUUCUGAGUUACUUUUGAUGAAAGGUCAUUAAAUUACAAAGGGUUUUUAGGUCGUUUGUCAACCAAUUUUUUCCGAAACCAUUUAUUUUUUGUGAUUUGAGUGAGAAUCCAAGUGCUCUGUAAGCAAACUCGUGAAUUGACACAUGAUUUUUUAGAUUAUGUUUAAUGUUAUCUGGUUUAGGGAAUUUUGUGGUUGAUUGUCAUAUCUAGAGUACGAGCAGUAGUUCGCUAAUGUAGCAAAGAAACAAAGUAACGUUGGGAUAAGAAGGCAUUACAAUUGAAAUGAUCAUGCUAUCAUUUGACAAGGUGGAUGUGUCAUGUGUUUUAAACGUCUAUCAUUUUUGUUUCUGGUUCAAAAGAAAAGGUUGGAAGUAAAUGUGGGUGAAAAGUGAAAUUUACUGUCUUUCGUUGUAAAUAUUAGAAAAUCAAGGCAAUACUGUCUUAAUGAAAACAUUAACGAUUCCCUCUUUAUCAAAUGAGACAAACGGGAACGAGUUUUGAGUGAUAUAACUAAGCCAAGCCUGCCACCGUCAUUUUGGAUCUCCGCCUGGGUAGAUUUAAGUCACUUGCUAGGCAACGUAUGAUCAAUAACAAGAUAGAAUUUCAUUUCAGGCCUAUUUAUCAAUUUUGUGGUGUGUAACUUUCGCAUUUUAGUACGUUGUAUGUAUUUUGAAUCUUCAAAUUGUCUUGAAACUUAAAAAGAAAAUUGUUCUUUAAAAAAUUCACUGAAAAUCGGUAGCUAAAAUUGUUUGUUUAGGUGCUAUUUGAUUUUCGUGUUAACUUGUAAUUUCGUUAGUCGCCGGCAUCUUUAGUUGCUUCACACAGGAAAAACACACAAUACGAAACGUAAUGAUCGAUUUUGUCCUCAAUCUGAUGCCGUAACAGAAAAAGCUUUUGAACAUCUGUAAACGCCCAGCGCUUCGCAGUAAGUGAUAUUUUCAAUGAAUCUUCGGAUUGUUUUCAAGUUCAAGGAUUGUAAACUACAAUUUUAUGAAAAACGAAAGUAGUUCUGUUAUUUCAGUGUGAAUCUUUGCAUGCCUGCCAGUAGCUGGCGCCGCUUGUUGAAACUAAAACAAAAAAAAAAAAAACCUCUUUUAAGAUUAUCAUUGGCUUCUUUUUCACCCCACCACUAUUCUUAGCAACAAAGGUCGCCAUUUCGUCUGUUUAUUGCUCGCCAAAAACUAUAAAAUGCACUCAAAAGCCUAAAAUCUAAAAAAAGUUUACAGGAAUCGACCAAUCGAGCGAGCGAGCGAAUGCCAUUCCCCACAUCGUAUCUAUAACUCGCUCUUGCGCAUGCGCGCAAUUCACGAGUUAAAAAGGAGAAAAUUCUUUGCUUAAAAUGCUGCCCAGCUGGCAAAACACCACAUAUUCAUGAAAAAUCACAACGAAGUCAGAGAUCGGAUACCACGCACUGUGAGAGAGCAGGAUGGAAGAAUACUGCCCUCUCUCGGAGCCAAUGAGAUCGCAAGAUUUGUAGAAUUCCACCGCUCGUGCAUUGUGAAAAAAGUAAAAUGAAUUAUCACGUGGCAGGAGCCCAUGGGCCCCUGCACGCGGUUACAGAAAAUUGUUACUUAUCGCGAGGUUUUCAGAUUUUCCGGUGUGAUGGCGCCGGGUUUUGUAAAUAUAGUUAACAAACUUGGAAAACUGAGCGGCUUCUUCAUUUUCUGCUUUCUGAAGCUUCUUCUCAAGCAAAUCAAAGAAGAUUGUAUUUUGAGACUAGAGCAGUCAAACAGGGCAGGAAAUGAAAAGGCGCAAUUUUUCUACCAUCUCUCCCCUGCGGUGACGAAAUUUGACAGAAGGCCAGGCUUUAAAGUCAAAUGGAGAGCGCUUUUAAGGACGGCGGCCACGGAUCUGCAGUGAGAUGUUGACGAAGUUAUCAAAUGCGUCUCCUUCUUUGAAAGCUUGGAGCAGUGCUCAGGAAUAUUCUUAGCAAUGAAAAGUUUUGGAUAAAUUAAAGUUACCUCGUUUCGUACAGAAAGUGUGCCAUUUUAACAAUCCACUUCUUUUUUUAAUUGGCAAUUUGAUUUCGAAUUGAGUGUAGAGUUGGCCUUGUAUGCUAUACAGUGAACCCACUUAACAAAUAUAUCCAGUGAACUGAAAUUUCAUUGAGACUGAGGUGACUAAAGUCGAUAAGUACAAAUUUAAUUAUUAGAGUCAGUUUUCUUGCAUCAUUACUAAGUUCUCACACAAGUAUACUUGAUAAUAUGUCUGUAAGUCAUCUUCGUUUCUUUUUUCUUGCAAGUCAUUGCAAGAAAGUGCAGUCAAAUGUUUGCAAGCGUUAACAUGAAAACAGGACAGUGGUGUAGCUGGGUCAGGCCUUCUUCCUUUCUAACCCUUGUCGACACAUGGGUUCACCCAGCAACAAGGGAUGAUUUUUUUGUGUGCAGAUACUGAAGCAGAAGCUGAUAUUUUCACCUCAUUAACCGUAUUUCCUUUUUUUUUCCUUUUUAUAUUAAGGCAUGACUUAUUACCGAAUCACUUAAAUUUCAUUUUGUUAUUUUUUGUGUUUUUAUCUAUACAACCAACCUUUUUUCGGUUUUUGGUCAACCGACUGAGAUAACUAGGUAAGUCUCGAAGCAAACCACAUACUGGUACACAGCGGUAACGCAGGCUCAUGUCAAUUGCUAUCUUUGUUGUGAUUGUAAAAGCCCGAUAAACCAUGAGGAUCAACCUGAUCCGAAACUGGACCGGUUGGCUCCUUAUAGUCAAUCUACUCUUCCUUAUUUCGAGUUAUUUCUGUCAUUACAUGGAAUUUUAAUAUAAAAGUUGACUAUUGAAUAUCAAAUUCUCCUCGCUCUCUCUUUUGUUUUAUCCUCAAACUAAAUAAAAAAAAUAUAGUCAAGAUUUAUGCAUCUUGUAAAGAUCCUCUCACGAGAGGUGCAAGCAAUUCUUAAAACGAAUGAAUGAAUGGAGGUGAGUUUCUAAAGAACCUGUGUCACAGCUUUCAGAGCGAAUAUGACGAAAGGGUAACACUCGAAAUGUCUCCUUUAGAAUCCCUUGGCCGCAGUUGAUUCAUAUCAUCAACUUAGUUUAUAAAACCAAACUCUCGACGUUAGUUAAGCUUCAAGGUACAAAAGAUGUGUGGAAGUACUUGACUGAAAGUAAUCUUUUCAGGUUUAUGAACUGACCCCUUUCGUAAUAACUGAAACAAAACACCAAGAAAACCAGAAGAAACUCAAGUUCCAAAAAUAUCAGUGUCUAAGAUGAGGUUGCUCAUAAUUUCCUCCAAUUAAACAAGAAAAAGAAAAAAAAAAAAAAACGGCAACUAAAAUAGCAACAACGGAAAACUAAUACUAAGUUUACGUUUUCCAGUCGUAAAAUUAACUUUGAGUACGUUGUCUAAAGUACCGCACUUUAGACAACGUACUCAAUAGUAUUGAAAAGCUGUGAAUAUAUGAAAAUCAUGUGUGUGAACAGCGGAUUAAGAAAUGAAUAUGAAAGCAAUCUUCCCAGUGAGCUUUGUUUGCUCAGUUGGUAGAGUACUGUACCGAUUGAAAGUUUUUCCAGACUUUAUUUUCGCUACUGUUUAAAUAGUGUUCAUCAUAGCGAAGAUCACUUUUAUAUUCAGUACUUAUUAAAUUAAACAAUUCUGUUUUGGGAAAAACAUCCAACCACUAAUUCAUUUAGGUUGCUCCAAACUUUCGGCGGCAAGACUACUUCUAUCGAAGAAACUUUCCCUACAAAUUAAAGUUGAGGAUCCAAACUUACUUAUUCCAAAAAAACAAAAUUAAAAAAAUCUUAAAAAGCGUGUUAGAAAUUUACAAUAAAAAAGUUUACAAAUUAUUACAACGUGGAAUCCCUAACAACAUCAGUUCGUGGCAAACAACGUCACAAUAGAUCAACUUUGUUCGCUCUCUCAUUUUCAUGUUGUGGUUUUUGAAAAUGGACAAGUCUAUCCCUAGACAUGAAACAUUCAAACAGGGAAGAUGUCCUUGAUUAAAACCAAAGCACAUCCAGAAUCUAAAAAUCGCAAAACUUGUGAAUUUUUCUAAUUAAUAAUAUUAAUAUCGUGCUGAGAGUGACUUUGGUUCGUGGUUUGCCCAACCUUCGAACAGUGGCGUCGAAUAAGAUUUUUUCCCCUCGUGUAACCCAAACGAGAACGUGCUCGUAGAAGCUGACUGGGCAAACGUGACUGGAAAAUUAUCACUUUGCUGUGAGGUACCAUUUUGCUUGCUGUGAACAGCAGGAGUUCUACAAUAUUAUUCGCUUGCGGCUCACAGUGUGAGCCAGGUGCCAACAUAAUUUUCUGUGAGAGCGUGAAAUGCCUCUUAACGAUAAGGAGUCGAAAACUCGCAAAAUGAUUUCUAAAAAUGGUAUUUUCUUCAAAAAAAUUAAAAGGGAAAGUAAAAUUGACGAAAUGUUGCGAAAUUUAAACAGAACAUGAACUGAAUAACGAGUAACUCAGUUGUGUCGGCCUCCCUUUUCAAACAAAUGCUCCCCUUUUUUGAGGCUUUGGAACGCAGCACGCUUGCAAUUUUCGCGACACUAGAGCUUGACAGCUCUAUUAAAAGAAAAACCAAUGGUUAUACGGAGAGAUGCUUUCUGACCUAGAGGGAGUGACUUUCUUUCUAUAACACUAUGCAGUAACACAGCAUCGGAGAUCACGCUUGAUAACGGAUAAAUUCGUCAGAAUUGUGUUCAGUAAUUUUACUGUUUAUCGGCUUCGUUGGCAUUAAAGGAGGAAAAUCAAAUACCUUAUAGUUUAAUCGAAUUCUGAAUUCAACAAAAUUGCUAAGGAUAUAUUAUAUACUUGUGUUUCCUGAAAAACAGUGUACCUACGAAGUUUUCUCCGGAAGAUAUCUGAGAAAGUUUGGAGCAACCUUAAUGCAGACUCUGUUGGAGGUUAACUGUCAAACAAUGAAGCUAACACAUUUUUCUUAUAAGGGGGCUCAAUGAUUGGGGAAUUAUUUUCCACAUAAUUUCUGUUUGACUUUGGAUUUCACCUGCUUAAUUCAUGAUACGAUAUAAACGUGGUGAGUAAGGCUUGCCAGUUUAUUUGGCAAGCUGUUCCCGAAACAUUGGACACCCUGGGAAGAUUUUUCUGGAUCUUAAAGAAAGUAAGUUAAGUGGAAUUUUCGGCCGUAUAAAUGCCAAUUUGAUAGUUUCCAUUUGUUACUCACUAAACAAAAACGCUUUAAUAGUCGUAUCUUUGAAAGAAUAUCAUGUCUGAUCCAACUUUUUCUUUCCUUAACAAAGCCAUGUACCCCUAUUUGAGAAAUUUUAUCAUAUUUGUUCUUAUUUAGCUUUAAGUGGUAUUCUCAUACAACUGCGACCUGACAACAGGAUAGCGCAUAAUCCUCCUUGAAACACCGAAAGGUAAAUAACAUUAAUUUCUCAUCAGAUGUCAUGCUCUUUUGUGCUGCUUCAUCUCAUAGAACUAAAGGACACAACUGAGAAAAUCGCGUCAUGUCGACCCAAAUGCAAAGAUUCCUUUGUUUUCUAAACUCAGCGAACUUAGGGUGUAGGAUCCAAGACUUAUAAUUACAGUGAGCGCGUUCGUCCUCUUGCCAUUUGAAGAUUUGGGAAUAGUUACAGAAUCUUGAUGUUGUCGAAUUCGAGGGAGAUCUUUUUGUGUCGAUUUCUGGCAAUGAGUGGCACCCUCUUCUAAAUUUGUAACGAAUGUGCAUUCAAAUUUGCUUUUUCUGUAAUGUCCCUCAUUACUCGGGUCGUUUUAAAGUAGAAAAAAAUGAAAGAAACGCUAUUGAGACCAACAACGAAUUGCCCGAAAGAUCUAUCAGGUCCACACAGAAGCAGAAGUUCGUGUGAAGCUCGAACAUGGUCGAGUGCGGUCUUACUUCCGACUGAGCAGGAGGAUUGCGGGCUCAUUUCAAGAACAGUGGGUGUUAAUCGGGCUCAACGUCUGUGAUUGAAGGAUCAUCGUCUAUGUUGUUAUUGAUCGUCUUAGUGUGAUCGUAUUAAAGUCUCCAGCGUCUCGAGAUUUUUUAAAAAAAGAUAUACGCGAACUACCUAGUAGUAUGGAAAAACGAAGCUUAACAAUUUGACAGUUUCAAACGUAGUUUACAAUAAAAUAAUCAAGAAGUGAAAACUUAACCAUGAAUGAGAGUUUCAUACUUGCCAAGAUUUGCAUUUGCAGGUUUAGAGUUUAAGGGUCUAGAGCCCUGGUAUUUAGGGACUAUAAGGACAUGCGCAGUUGACAUAAAAAAUGGCGAGCGCAUGGUCCGUGUUUUGUGAGGCUUAAGUUCAACUAUUACAGUUGAUUUAAUUUGUGGACCAGAAGACGAGAUUCUGGCAAGUAAUAAAGAAAAAUCGUACAAGAUUUUUCUACUUCAAGCGCAGGUAACAUUAUGCGUAAUCAAGUCUUCAACUACCCCCAAAAAGACGUUUUAAUGUUCAUAUUACAGUCCAAAUCGUCUACUUUGCCAACUCGCUGGUAAAUCAUAUAAACAGUUUUGGUAUAUUAUAUAUUGAUCUUAUUUGAAAUUGUUCAAACUCUGUUGAUUCAUUGCUUCACGGAAAUCUCUUGUUUAGAAUUAAAGUUGAAAAUGAAAUAGCUACAGCAAAUGAAUAACAAAUAUGUAAAAAGGUGAAAGGACAGAAAACAAUUGUUUACCCUUAGUGUUCAAUGACAUUUUUACGCCGAGAGGAAAUUUAAAUUUAUUAUGUUAUUUGAGAUCUGUAAUUUUCAAUUCACUGAUAUUGCGGUCUAUGAAGUGGGUAAUUCAUAAACUUUUAUCUACGAAUAAGAUGUGUUAUUUGAAGAUGGUGACUCCUUUCGGUUCCAAAAGCGAAACGUAAUUUAUAUGCUCUCUUUACACGAUGAGAGUUGAGAAAUUUAUUAUUUUUCUCGGGUAUGCACAAAAGCAAGAAGGUUUGAACGUGCGGAGAUAUUUCUAAAAGAAUUAUGUUAUUUUUCCAAGUACACGAUAUUCCAGCAAGUAGCCCCAAAAUGUUGCAUCAAGGUUUGUUUUUCUUGUUAUUUUUAGAUAUCUACAAACAAUUCUGAAGUAAACAAAAAAAAAAAAUCUGUCAAAACGAAAGUCAUUACGCAUUCUUUACGUAUGUGGUGUUAAGAAACUAGAAAUCUAGAAUCCACGAAAACGUCCCACAGACAUGGUCCAAAAAGGUUUUGUUAAUUUUGUUGUAAUCAGAAUUUAAAAAGAAUGACAGGAAGGAACUGUCAUGCAAAAAGCACAUUAACUAGUCGAAGAGGCCAGAAUUAAGUUCUUCAGCCAACACAUCGAGCUAAAUGAUAUUUUGCAGGUGAACAGGAAGCCAUUUACCAAGUUAAACUUCAUUUCCUGUUGUAUGCAAAUAUUGAGGGUUAAGCAAAGAGAAGAGUGCCUUAAAUACAAGUCUAAAUAACAGCUUAAGUGUUAUGCCGGAACUAGUCGCUGAGCAAAACCUCCGUAUUUGGCGACUUUGUGACUGUUUCAUUUCAAAACAGUUUUCUAAUGUCAACAUAACAACUUCAAAGGCUUUAAGUCCUUCUUUCUAAUAGGUAUGGUUACAGCAGCAGCACUCUAUGUGUAUAAUGUCGCAACACCAAUGCGCAUGUGCCGAAGCUUUGUGCCUUGGCCGUUACGCGCGUUAAUUUAGCCAAACCGAAUAUAACUUAGCAUAAGGUUUUAACUGAGCAUUUCAUUUAUUAUAAGGGACCUAUAGAUUUGUGCAAGAAUACUGAAAGAAAAUUCCAUAAAAUUCGCCCUAUGUUACGAAUUUUUAAAGAAAUUUCGCCCGACAGUUUGAGCCAUUCUUUACAGCGUUGUCUUAUAGAAGAGAAAAAUUGCUAGAACUUCAAGACCAAACGAGCAAUUUUUCGUAAAUUUCACCAUGCAAUAAUCAAGAGACCCUUCUUUAGUGGAAAAAAAAACAAGGUUAAUACGACCAUGUUUUUUAUUUAUCUCACGAAAUAGGCAAGGAGUUCCUGAUUGGUUCAGUUUGCCAGCUUCUCUCAUUCUAUGCCAAAAACUUCCAAUUUAAAGAUGACUUCGAUGGUUUGAUUAUUUAUUUGAGCGAAGUAUUCCUCUUUGUUCAGGUUAACCUGGAUUGUAAACUAAGCGUCGAAAUCGCGUGGUUGAUGGAAAACAUAAGCGCGUAAGUAAAUUUUGUGCCUGAGUUUUACACUCCAAGAAAUCUUUUUUAACAAAAGAGAGCCAUCUCUAUAUGUGGCAAUUAGAGUUUGUUGUUAAAAAAAUACUUCAGUCGUUGAGCGCUAUUAGCUUAACGAAUGCCCUGCAUGCUGUAAUUAUCUUCAUGCAUGAUUAAAAGAGACCGCUACCUUUCACCAUAAUGCAUCUUUUUUUUUAAAUCAUCUACUCUAUUUUCUCGAACCUGGGCCAAUCUACUACUACUACUACGAAAUGCAAUAUUCUAGAAGACGUUUUAUUAUCAACCCACUCUUUUUCCUUAUCUAACAGCUGUGCCUAAAAUAAGCCUAAAUUCACCGAUAAACGUCUGGCUACUCAGACUUUUAUUAAUCUUAUGCAUACAUCGUGUCACGAACCUUAUCUUCAUUGGCUUAUUUUCUCUUAGUUCACUGUUUGACACCAUGAAAAGAACAGCGAAAAUAGAAAGGACAGGGCGCCUUAAAAACAUCAUGUUAUACGAGAGAUUACGAAAAAAGGAAGUUAUAGUUAAUUUUAAUGGUACAUUUUUCAUUAAUAGUAAUUCUAUUUGUGGAAAAUACCACAGACAUCAGUUGAUUAAUUGGUAAAUGGUGAGAUACCCAUCUGUAACUGUGAAGCAGCAACGCAAGCAAAUUUUUCUGGUACCGAGUUUUCAUCAAAGUGCUUUGAAUAAAGGCAUUGGUUUUGAAAAAAAGUUUCUCGUUUCUAUUCUUUUCUAAUUUUCUCUUUUCUUUCGACUUUGUCUUUAUCAGAAGACUCUUAAAAGAAAAGAGACGUAAUUUAGACAAAUGAAAUUAGAUGAUAAUGACUGUUAGUCUGUUUUGGUGUGUUUAUCAGAUGUUUUCAGCUGGUUAAUCUGAACAACAUAAUAAGGCAAAAAAAACGGAUUCCCAUAUUUACCUGACAUGUCUCAACUUUGGAAUCACUCCGUUUAUUUUCUUGAACAUAAAGAACGAAAGUGAGGUGUCCAGUCGUUCAAAACCAAACGUAAGAGAUUCUAGCCUGGAAACCAGUAUUUAAAUGUCUUGAAAUGUCUUUGAAUGAACAUAUCAUACAAUGUUUUGGUGGGCCAGAAAUUCUUCAAAUAUUUUUUUUUGCUAAUUUUUGUAAUGCGGUUGUUCUAAAUUUCAGAUCUUUUCGCAGAAGUCACUCAUCUGUGAGUUUACAAUCGCAAAUAUCAAAUGCAAGGUAACGGUAAACGAUAUUUUCUCACCUGUUCCUAUCGUGCUUCUGUAAGCAAGUUUUUUUUUCACAGAACCAAGAAAAAAGGACAACUGUAAAAAAACUCAUCGUGCCGACUGAAUAUCGAUGAGUUUUUGUAGUCUUUUUAAUCAGUACUCCGCGGCUAUAUUUCGACCAGCCAAAUGAACUGAAAGUUUAUGACACAUGAUUAUGGUAAGGAACAAAAUAGAAAUGAGAUUAAAAUAUGCCCGCAUUCAUUUUUGCUUCCUGAAAACAUAUACCGGAAGAGGCGUCAGCAAGGAACAAAGGAAAAUUCAGGAAUGUAGGUAAAUUUCAGAAAGCUUUUUCUUCUUUACUUUAGGUAAUUCUUUGGUUUCCAAGUAACUGGCGAAACAAAAUGGCGAACAAGAUCAGCAACAAUACUCAUAACACCUCUAGCCAAGAAGACUUGAUGUUAGUUCCUCUCGCACAUUGUAUUCCAUGGCUUGUUGUCUUCAUCACUGAAUGCCUGGCCAUAGUCCUUCUUAAUAUCAUCGCUGUUAUCGUAUUCGUGAAGCAGCGCAAGCUACAACGACAGAGCACAUAUCUGAUUAUCCAUCUGGCCAUAGUCGAUUUGUUAGUUGGCGCAAUCAGUGGGCCUUUACGAAUCGAACUUAAAAUGGCGUCAUUUUGCAAUCUGUGGAGAAACGACUGGAUGAAUCAAUUGUCAAUUCGCGUAAAAAUCACAUUCAGCAUUUUCCCAGUUGUUUCCCUGCUAAGUCUUGCGGUUAUUUCUUUAGAACGACUGCGUGCAACAUUUUGUCCAGUCAGGCAUCGCCAUACAAAAAAAAUGGGUUUAUAUGAUAAUUAUAACUUUAAUCUGGUUAUUAACCACUGGUUUACUGGCGACAGAACAAAUCUUUAUUUCAGACCCUCUAAAUUCGGAAAUUGCUUACUUUUCAUAUUUUUUAUGACUCUCUUCGUUAUUUUAGUCUCAUAUCUCUGUUUAGUUGUCAAAGUGCGUUGCGGUCGUCAUCCUCAACACCAUGGUGCAGCCGGACAGAGAGAAAGGAGACUGACCAAUACCUUGUUUGUUGUUACUUUUGGAUCGAUGGUAACUUGGCUUCCACUUAUAAUACACCAAAGCCUAGUAAUCGCUUUGCACAUCGGGGAAUCAAGUCAGUUUCCUUUAUCCCAGAUAGCGAGUUUUCAUGUUCAUAUCUUAGUGCAAAUCAUAUACUUUGCAAACUCCUUGAUUAAUCCCAUAGUUUACGCCCUGCGGAUGCCUGAAUUAAGGGCUGGUAUAUCGCAACUAUUUAAACUGAAUCGAAAACGUUUCAACUUCCUUGAUUUGCCCUUCGAAAUCAUCAGUCUAGAGAAACAGAAGAAACAGUGC